ACCAAACGGCGGUUUCGAGAUUUAUGAGUCUGUUGGCUUAUCCUUUUCUGCAGCUCCUGCCCAGGAUUGUACGGAGUCCUGCAGCCUUAUUGGCAGUAAGCAACUCGUUCCUUAGAAUGGCCUCCUCAGAGCAGCACGGAGAUUCCUACCCCACAACCCUCGAAGGAUUCGGCUACGGUUUCAACGAGGAGGGCAAAUUACGGCAGCUCGAUAAGGACACGGGAAAGCUGACGGAUCGCGUGUUCGACUAUCAGGUCUACACUUCGCUCUCCGAGAACCAGGCACACUACGAGGCACUCGGUGAAGUCAUCACGGAGUACGUGUACGAGCGGUUGGUGGAAAAGGAAGGACUAAAGAAGCUAUAUUUGCCGUCCGAUGUACCACCGGAGGAGGCGACCUUCAUCUUUAGCACAAACGAGAAGCUAACGAAACCCAAAAAGCUGCUGGUACUGAUUCACGGAAGCGGUGUGGUACGGGCCGGUCAGUGGGCUCGUAGCCUCAUCAUCAACGAUUGCCUCGAUUCCGGCACACAAAUUCCGUACAUUAAUCGCGGCCGUGAGCUUGGGUAUGAGGUGGUACUGUUGAACACGAACGACAACUAUCGUACGGUGGGCGGAAAACGGAAACCGAUUCGCGGUAGCCGGAAUCCUACCGAGCAUGCGGCCACCGUGCUGGAGCAGUACAUUCGUGCUAGCGACCCGGAAGCGGUAGCAAUUGUCGCGCAUAGCUACGGUGGUGUAGUAACGGUCGAGCUUGCCCAGCGCUACCCAGAGUUCUUUAAGGAAAAAGUGUUUGCCGUGGGCUUCACCGAUAGUGUCCACUCUUCGUCGCUUGUAUCGGAACCGCUGAAAGGGAUCGCACGAAAUUGGGUGACGGCCAAGGAUCCUCUCGAUACUCCGCUAACGAUCACGAAGCAUGACAUCCCGCGACACUCAGCAGGACAUAUCAAACACGAGAUGACCUCGUACAGCUGCAUGAGUGCUCUGUUUGACUUCGUAGAGGGGCGAUAUUCGGAGUUUAGCAAAACAUCACCGGAACCACUCUCGAAGAAGGCUAAGGGAGACGAGCUGUGAAACAAACCGUUGCCAUGGUUACAGGCUGUAAAACGCUACAAAACGGCCAUCCUGAACACAGGCCGAAGGGCGCAUUGGUACAUUCGAACUUUAUGAAUUUAUUCGUUUUUUUUUGCUGCUUUCAAAAUAAACUGUGAAUCUUUUUUCUGAAA